CUAAACCAUUGCAGUCGUAUUUGUGGUGCAUAAUAUAAGUAGUAUAGUUUGUACAUACGAAGGGACAUAUUUUGAAACCAUUAUUUGUCGGUACACAGCGCUACACGCGCUCUGGAUAAAAAACGUCGUAUAAAAAUAGUCGCUUCGAAAUUUCGCGUUACCAUUCACAAGUGAAACAUCGUUUAGAUAACACGACGGUUGACUGUUCUGUGAUAUUAUUGUUUUAUAAAUUGGACUUGAACUUUACAUGGGAACCUUGAACGGUCGGUUUUGUGCUAGUUAUGGCAGUGUAGUCGAUGCAAGGAAAAACAUAAACUGAGUUUUUCUAUUCGGCUCGAGUGGUGUAAUAAUUUGAACAAGAUGCACGGUAUGAUGAAGUUUUUCUCGAACUUCAAGGAGUUCUACAAUGACAUCAAUGGUGCAACCCUCACCGGUGCCAUAGACGUAAUCGUGGUGGAACAACCUGAUGGCUCCUACAACUGUUCCCCCUUUCACGUCAGAUUUGGGAAACUGGGAGUACUCAGGAGCAGAGAGAAAGUGGUUGAUAUAGAAAUAAACGGAGAACCGCAGGAAAUCCAUAUGAAAUUGGGAGAAAGUGGAGAAGCUUUUUUUGUAGAGGAAUUAGAAGAUGACGAAAAUGACAUACCAGAGCACCUCGCAACUUCACCUAUACCUGUGUCAGAGUUUGAAAAUAUGUUUAAAAACCAAUUUCCUUUCAACCAGGGUCGGAGACGUAGCUUCCACCUGGACGAUAUCUCAAAAUUAGAAAAUCAGGAAAAUGAUUAUAUAAAGCGACGUUACACCGCUGACAAUGAAAGCAAUAAGACCAGGGAACGGAAUUUUAUUAAGAGACAGAUCGACCUCGGCAAUCUCGAGCUGGGCGAAAACUCUGCAGAAGACAUGACUCUCUCUAUGAUAUCCAACAAACAGAGUAGUGAAGAUCUAAGCAAGAGCAACAAUGACAUUUCGGAGACCAUUUUCAAAAUGGACAGUUUGGAUAUGGAGUGUAGUAAGGCUGAAGAGCCGAAAUCCGAAGCAAUAAAGACUACACCCGUAUCAGUGCAAAGGAAUCUUGAGGAUCCACAAAGCGAAAGCAAGAGUAGUAAAAAGAGACGUAAAAGAGUUCGUCGUAAAAAUCCUCCAAGGAAAUCUAACAGUAUUAAUCAACUCACAGCUAGUCAAAAUUCAGACAACUUAGAAAAUAAUGACACAAUCACUGACAGGAGUUCUUUGGACAGUAACUCUUCAGAACCAGAAUUAAAAGAUGUGCAGAAAUUAAAUGAGGAAAAAGAAACAGUUAUGCCAUCUGACACAUCCAACAUAAAGAAAAUUGAUGCAGACUUCCACUUCUUCAGCGAUACAGAACUGACUGCAAACGGUAAUGUUGAUUCAAGAGCUGGUUCUCCCGCCAAUAUCGAAAUGGUACAGUCAGAUUCUGAAAUCGAAGUGAAAGUCCGUAAAGGAGAACAAAAUGAAGGUGCGAAGAGUUGGGAAUGGGGUGGUUUCCCUAGUGUAUCUCAGCCAACAUCGCCAAACAGCGAAAAUCCCCAACAAGAAGAGCAUAAAUCGAUGUUAAGCGGCAUGUUCUCCUUCAUGAAACAGAAACACAGUGCUCAAAACCACUUGGAAGGUGGAAUGUAUCUCUCCGAGAUUACCUCGGGUCGUAUCGAUCGGGAUGUGGCAGAGAUUUACUUCAGCCAGGGCAAGGAUAAGAAAGAUGUCGACAUGGAUUGUGAAUCAGGAAAUGGGCCAUCGCUGACACAAAGUCCCAACAGUGCGGAGGGUUGUAAGAGCAUCGAUUCCGACUUCGAAGAACACGCUAAACUUGCUCAAACUUACACCCAGGAUAUAUCGUUGUCUCUCUGCGGUUGGGAACCAGCACCCAGCUGUGAAAGAUUCGUGGAACACCUAGUCCAAUUUAGUGAUCUCUGUAAUAAUCCCAUCUUAUUUGAAAAUCCGAACCUUGUCGUCCGUAUUAAGGAUAAAUAUUACAGCUGGAAAGUGGCAGCUCCCAUUAUUGCAAGUAUAAUGGUCUAUGGAAGGCCGCUUGUCCAAUCUUCCGUGGAUCAAUUAUGCAACUUGCAUAUGUCGGCUUCACAAAAUGUCCAUGAUGCAAAAGAGGGACCGAAACAGCAGCAGCAAGAAGCCAGAUACUCCUGGUGGAGUUGGAGACGUGGCAAGGUAUCACGAGAGGUCACUCCCGCCCCUGAUACCGCCAUGGAAACGGAUAAGACUGUCGAAACCAAAGACGUUAUCGUAAAGGAAGUCAUAGAGGAAGUACAAGAUAAAAAAGAUGUACUUGAUAUUGAGGGUGUACAAACCAAUGCAACUAGCAUUAAGGAUGAAUCGAAUUCUUCACUUUCUCCUUUAAGUUUAAGCUCGGAAAAAUGUAGGAAAACUUUAAGAUUGAGCUCUAAACAAAUUUCCUCGCUAAAUUUGAGGGAUGGUGUAAACGAGGUAGAAUUCAGUGUAACUACAGCUUAUCAAGGUACCACUAGGUGUCAGUGUCAUCUGUACAAGUGGAAGUGGGAUGACAAAAUUGUAAUUUCUGAUAUUGAUGGAACUAUUACAAAGUCUGAUGUGCUAGGCCAUAUCCUACCAAUUGUCGGUAAAGACUGGGCGCAAUCAGGUGUAGCUCAGUUAUUCAAUAAAAUUAAGGAUAAUGGUUACAAGUUGUUAUAUCUCAGCGCUAGGGCAAUUGGUCAGGCUCGUAUAACAAGAGAAUACCUACGCUCCAUCAAACAGGGUGAUCUCAGUAUGCCUGACGGACCUAUUCUCCUCAAUCCGACUUCCUUGAUCACAGCUUUCCAUAGGGAAGUCAUUGAAAAGAAACCAGAGCAGUUCAAGAUAUCUUGCAUGUCCGAUAUUAAAGCUCUUUUUCCACCAGACUCCAAUCCAUUUUAUGCUGGAUAUGGAAAUCGAAUCAAUGAUGUUUGGGCAUACAGGGCCGUUGGCAUUCCCAUUGUCAGGAUAUUCACUAUUAACCCAAAAGGAGAGUUGAAACACGAAUUAACUCAAACCUUCCAGUCAAGUUACUCCGGCCAGUCUAUGGUGGUGAAUGACGUAUUUCCUCCCCUAUUAGACAAAAUUAUAGCAAAUUGCAACCAAAAUGAAUACGACGAUGAUUCAGAUUCUGAAUCAUCGUAUAUAGAAUAGAAAGCAAUAUUAUUUCUCUUACAAAUUUAAGACAAACUGUGAUUAUUUGUGGUACUAAAUAUAACUUAUUACGAGAUAUUCAGUAGUGUAGCAUCUAAAGGGAAAGUAGAUGUUAUAAUUUAAUUUUUUUAUGAACAUAUGUGUUUUGUCUAGAAUGGCUAUUGAAUGUUGCAUGUUAGGUCACCUGCAUUGUUCCUUCGUCAUUUCACAUUACCAUUCAACAUAUCCUCUCCAUGAUCAUUUACAGUGGUGAAUAAGAAUAGGUUUAAUGUAGCAUAAUCCUUAAUUACUAAACCUGGAAGCAUGAAAAUCUUAAUCUUGAUGGCAAGCUAAAUGUUCAUCACUGUAUCCAACAGCCACAUUUAUCCAUAUGGCUUCUUUAGACAAGAGAUAAAAUACAUAUGUAUGAGUCCCUGUUGGGACUAACAUAAUAUUCGUACACAUUGACUAGAUUGAAGAAGUUGAACCAAUUCUACAUUUUAUUCCCUUUAUCCUAUACCAUUAUUCCUCUACACUGGCAGAUCAACAAAUUUGCCUGCAAGAUGGCCAGCAUGACUUUUUAAUGGUAAGCAAACAGACAGGUGAAAUGUUUGUUUUAUUAAUAGCCUAAUGCAGCAAAUAUAACAGGCUGUAUAAUACUGAUUGCCUCAUUGCUUUUUAAUUUUUUCUAACACCUUUAAAAUAACAAGGAUGAAAAUGGUAUUGCUCAAAUGAUUAGUAAAAAUGUAUAUAAAAAGGAAUUACUUGUACUCAAACCUAAGAAAAAUAAUUCUAAUCAGUUGUUUGAUACAUAUGUAUAUGUGAUAUUCAUCAAUUUAUUAGAACAUGCACUCAGUAUAUUUGUUUUUGUACUAAACAUUUUAAGUAUCACAUCGGGGUCACCACUUGAGGGUUGCUUUUGGUGUGCAGCAAAAUGAAACCCUCUCUUAACGGUAAAAUAAAAGUAUUAUGCCUGCAUGUGACCCAUUUUAAUUAUAAUGUUAAGAGUGGCAGCUUGACGCCAGACCGGUCUAACAGUUGCAAGCGACAAAGAAUAGAUGAAUCUGCAACGCACACACACUUAGGUUCCCGAAAAAAGCCAUGGCAGAUUGGCGCCAGGGACUAGAUACUUACACCUGCGAACGCCUUCACAAAGGGACUCUCCAACGAUAGCUCGCCCCGACAACAUUUCUGUUCACUAUUAUUGUUUUCAAUAAAAAGUACUUUGAUUUUACUGUUGA